AUGCUGCGCGUGUGUAGCCGUGUUUCCGGGGAAGAGCUUGCCGCUGAGCCCAAGAACAAAUUCUGGGAUGUGGUGGCCGUGAAGCGCCACUUGCGUGCAAAGUAUCACUACCCAAUGAGCUUUCAACGGCUUUUUGAGUCUGAGAGCGGCUUCGAGGAACUUCCUGGCAUGCCUCUCAAAACGACUGAGUGGCAGCUAGUGGUGACCUCCACAUUGGGUAGGCCAGACCUGGAAGACCGAGCUACAGAAGAGUUUGUGAUGUACGCCGCCAAGCAAGGCCAUGUUGAAGUAGCCCGUGCUCUGCUUGACGGAGGGGCCAACAAGGACUGGAAGGACGGUGCUACCAGCGAGAAGACAGCUCUGAUGCACGCCUGUGCCCGGGGCCACAUUGAGAUGGUCCGUUUGCUGCUGGAAGCUGGUGUCAACAUGAACCUGAAGGACGCCGAAGGCAAGACCGCUCUAAUGCACGCUGCCCGCAAGGGCCAAGGUGAGAUCGUGCAUUUGCUGCUGGAAGCGGGUGCUGACAGGAACUUGCGGGACAGGCGCGGCAAUGUGGCCGAGAUCAGUCACCUCGACUAG